AUGCGUCCGCUGCUGCAGGAAGCUCAGUUCGCAUGCUUUGAGAACGAUGAGGACGUUUCUUCUAGCACUUCUUCAUUGCCGAGCUUUACUAUCUCAAGUCCAUUGGGGCACUCACCGCCGCCCAAAAAGAGCUUUGCUCGUGUCCGUGCAUUAGAAUGCAGUGGCUCGGGCAGUUUCUAUUUCCAAAAUGAAAAUUUACGUGAUCGUUUCGUAUGUUGGCGAGUGUUAAAAAACGUGGUUUUACUGCGAGAAUGGAGUUUAAACACGACGUUAAAACAAAAUGGCAUUCGACUGGAAUUUCCAGCUCCUGUUGUUUCUACUGGAGUUUUUGCAGUGGAAAACUGGACAGACGAUGCAGUGACAAUCAAUGUCGUGACACACGCUGGGACAAUCCAUCGGUUGACGUAUUCCGUGCCGAGUUUAAACAAUUUUAGCAUUUUUUCACAAUCGGAUGUUUCAGCUUUUCCCGAGCCAAAACCAGCGACUUUCAGUCGUUGUGAUGUAUUGGAGAGUUUAAACAGUGAUGAAAUUUUGACUGUUGCUUUAUGGGUAAACGAGUAUAAUCUCGUCGUAGGGACUGAUGCAGGUCGUGUCCUUGGUGUAAACUUUGGACUACCGACGGAUGCCAAAAACCUGCAAGAAUUUAUAUUUUCCGACGAGUCCGUGGUGAGCUGGAUCUGGCAUGGACUGAUUAAAUCAACAGCAGCCAAAUUAAAGGGCAGCACGGAAGAAACUACAAGAAAAGAGGUCGGCGCAGCGGUUGUAGCUAUGACGUGUUUUCAGAUUGAAGGAGAGGAAGAUGAUGACGGAAAUAAUAAAGACGUUUGCGUCGUCACGAUCUCGGCUAAUUGUGUGUUGCGAGCAUGGAGUUUCUGUUCCCAGUCGUGUCUUGGACGACAACAGCUCCGGACGUUAGUAAUGCCUCAAUCUAAUGAGAAUGAUGAGGAUAAUGAGGAAGCAGGUUGGAACGACAAGGAUCUGGAUGGCGAUGAUGGAUUGAGUAGCAGUGGCAUCUAUGCUACUCAUGCAAAAGUUAUCGCACUGCCCCCGACAGAAUCGGAUAAUUGCAGAUUAUUAGUGCAUUUGGAUGCUACAGCAGCGCAUUCUUCAGAGAUUUUUUUGCUAAGAGGUGACGUGCAGCUUGCUGCUGUGUCGAGUGCUGGAUCAAAUGACGACGAACUUGCGCUGGAAAUUGCAAGGGUUUUUACUGUGCAGGCACCGGAGCAAAAAGUGAAGCGUGGACUUAAGAUGGUGGAUUUUGCUGUCGACAAGAACUUUCUCUUUUCAUCGUGGCGUUCACUGGAAGGAGACGAGGUGUACAUCCACCCAAACCCGAUGGCGCUUACAGGUCCAAAACGCAUUAUAGGUCAACUUGUUAGUAGUCUUGAUCUGCAGAUGCAAAAGUAUGAGAUUGAGGACAAUGAGUGGCUCUUUGACCUGAAGGAGAAAGGUGCAGGGGUGCUUAUUGAUGAUUUCUUUGUCGAGCGGAUACUUUUGCCUGGGCGCUUCUCGCGACAGAAUCUGUCGAGUGCUAUCGUGGAAGCACAAAACAGCGCACUGGGUAGUGCCAAUUCUCAUUCGCCGUUUUCUCAUCGUUUGUCCAAGUAUAAAGACGAGUUGGUUCGACUUGUGUCAAGCCGAUUGAUGGAUACGGAUAGUGCUGCCAGUGUCUGCAAUGGAUCAGCGCCAAGUAUGCUGCGCAUCAGGGUUUGGAAAGAGCUUAUUGCGCUGUGCACGAAGUAUUGGCGGUGCGAAAACGUGCCAAUUGGCUUUGCUACGACGACAAACGCGCUUCUUCCUGGCGCACCUGUGAUGCUGCGCCGGAAUUGUGUAUCGCUGUUGUUUCCAUCUGCAUCAUCAAUCACUGCCGCAUUUAUCUCACCAGCAGAGCAAGGCUCAACUAGUAAAGAGUGCGUGGCUGAUUUAGUAUGUGAAGUUCUCCCGAUUUUUGACGCAUUUUCUAGCCAAAGUUUCCAGACCUGUGUUCACCGCGAAGUUGCUGAUGUAUCCUCCGAUUGGAAAGUAAAGUCCUUUGUGGCUUUGGCGCGCCACUGUGUGCGUCUCGGUCUAAAACCGAAUUUUGCGGCUAGCGCCUCUGAUACUGGGCAAAUUGUCAGUGCUGAUCUCGUUCUCACCCGCGCGAUUUUACGCUUAAGCAAGCUGAUAGGUGGUGAUGGCACUUUCCAAGACCAAGUGUUCCAUGACCUGGUAGAGCACUUGUUCCCAUUUGACCUUUGGCAUGGUCCAGGAACGCACACAUCAUCGUCGCCGAAGCGUGAAAGCAGCCCAAUAAGUAAUGACGACAUGGACACAAUUACCGACAAGGAAGAUUUUGUGAUGGCAGAUGCCGCUGCUCCGAGCGAUUACUACUCGACUAGCCGCAGAGCAUUUUUCGCCGCCCAUGAAAUGUGCUUUGCUUUCGCCCAGGUCGCGUCACGCACAAUCGACGAAAUGUGCAACCAGUCACUUCGUGUAGUGCUCUUUCUAGCGUAUUUGGUGGACAGUCGACCCGCAUUUUUAGGCACUCGGACGUUGAGCACGAUCGUGCAAGUGUACCUGCCUAAAUCUAUCACAGUGUAUCAGCGUUGGCGGCUCAACAAGUGGGUCGUUAGCCAAGGUAUCACACAGUUAAUUGCUGAUUCAGAUCCUGCUAUCACAUUGUCGGCUACGCUCAUGCCGUCUUUGCUGCAAACUUUCGUUAUGGACGUGAACAAAAAACUAAACGGAUCAAACAAAUUUAAGCGAGCGCUUUCGGUAUUGCAGAUCGCUAGCGCUAGCGACAACGUCCGUAGCGAAGAAGUACAUGGCGUGUUGGCAACGUAUACAUGCGAUAUCCUGCAGAAAGUUUCUCAGCCCAACGACUUGCUCGUGCAUUUCCUACAGAAGCAACAGCAGUUCCGACUUUUGCGUGCAUUGUUCUGUUGUAAUCUCAGCGACAUCAGUCUGCACGGCUUCAGCAAGAAAGAAGCUGCCAGCACUCAGCGAGGCGACCAGGUGCACAAGUGCGUGCGCUCAAUCGGUGAGUGCCUAGCUUGCGAAGGCCAAGAGGCUGCAGCGCGCUCUCACGACGAUGCGGACGCACGUGACCAUGCUCGUUGGUGUUUCCAACAAGCUGUUCGCUGCUUCAGUAUUUGCCUGUCGGACUUUUUCGUUGAGCGGAAUCACCGGUCCUCGCUGUCAGAGAAGGCUCUGGAGCACUUUAUUUACGAGGUGAUCGGUUUGCUCAAGGAGAAGGUGCCCCGUGGGUUUUACGACCAACUCCUUGGCUUCCUUUGGACCGUGGUCACACAGGCAAUGAGCCGUUUGGCCCACCAUUACGACAGUGAGCCGAGUUUUGCGGUGCAAUCCUUCAUCUGGGUUAAUGUGUUUAAGUAUUCCGUUGAAGAGCGACUCUUUCGCGACGCGCAUUUGGCGCUCAUGCACACGUUGGAACACUCGGCAACCUCGGGGGAGGCUGGUGCGGAAGCAGAGGGAACGGCAAGUGAAUGCGUAAACUACCUGAUGAAGGAAUUGUACCGCUAUGGACACCUUGAUCUUAUCUGUGAAUUGCGAUGGGGAUCUCUGGAGACACACGUCGAGAAGUAUAUUCUAUGGCAAGCGGCUCACGCCACUGUCAUCCAGGGCAAUGACCUCGAUUUGAGUGCUGUCCGUUACUAUAAUUUGCUCUUCACAUUCUACAUGCGCAAGCAGCAGCCAGCAAAUGCAGCAUCUUCGCUGUAUGCUCUUGCGCUACAUUUACGACUCGGAGUAUCGACAUCGAAGGCAGCUCUCGAGGCACAGCGCAACGCUCUGAAUGCAGCCUGCAACACGCUGCUAGCGCUUCCUGUUGAGAACCGCUGGGUUGUGCGCAAGCUACACGCAGCGGAGCUCAAACCUUCUUCAUUAGGCGCUUCUCAACAAAGCAAGUUUUCACCAUCUUCUACUGUAACUACGCUAGAGGAUAUGAAACAUGAGAUGGCUGUGGUUGAUGGCAAGCUUCGUUUAUUAACACUGGGUCACUCGGAGAGUGUGCUCUUGAGCACGAUGGAUGGAGACGAGGUGAUUGCUUUGCUAUUAGAUGCGGUCCAUAGCAGUUGCCAUAAGCCAGGAAACAUGACGCUAGCUGAGCGCCGAAGAGCUAACAUGUGUUCGAUCGAGAUGGCUGCUGAGAUUGCGGGCAGAAGCUCGGUGGCUAGUUUGUCUGGUCUGACGAAGUCCUUGACUCGCUACUGCGUGGCCAGCGAGCGUUCUACUCUGUCGUCCUCCGUCAUCCGAUCCGAUGGUAAUUUGUUAUGGGAACUACUCGAGCUUUUGCUGGCUAAUGCGGGAUCACUAGCGCAAUAUGAGGUCGCUGCUGAGACAGUAUUGGACUUCUGGCAGCAACAAGGACGCAAACUUGCUCUUCCUGUGUGGCUUAAUGAGCGGUUGGCGAACCCAACGUCCGGAAACCCAGCCAUGCUGCUAAAAUUGUACCUGAAGCAUGGCCUACUACUAGAAGGGUUGCAGCUUGUCGAGAGUCUAGUGGUAGAUGCCGUCGCCAUUGGCAGACGAAGUGUUACGACCAAUUCCAGUAUCCAGUCGCAGAUGAAGUCGAGCCCUAGCUUGUCGAGGCUUCCGUGGAUUCCGUACAGUCUCGUCGAUGCGCUCUUGGACUCGACGGCAGCAGUGCUGAACCAGGAUGUAAGUGGCGGUGUCUCGCCUGCCGCGGUAGCGAAACUGCGCGAACGAGAUCGCUCCCUUCGUCACCAGUUGUCUCGAUACUUUCACUCGAUUAGUGCUCUCCAGCAAGCACAAGAAGCAAGUCUCGUGCGUAGUAGCAUUGACUUGGACUUGUAG